AUGGUUUUGCUGUCGCUGUUGACAGUCUACUGUACUGGGAUAUCUGAUUACUUUUCCAUGUCAUAUCAAACAACCGGAUGGAACGAUUGUCCGCCAAUUUUGGAUAUUGGUUCGGCCAAGAAGCCCGGUAGCAGAAGAAAGAAUGCUCUGGGGACCCAAAUCAACAAUUUGAACAAUGGAUUUGUGAACAACAAGGAAGAGAGUGCCACGAUUCCUACAGCUUGUGAGAGUUCUGAUGAAAUUCUUGCAAAAUUCGAUUCCCUUUUAGGUAUUCCCAAUAAACUCAACCGAAGAGAGUUUGCCCAUUAUUCCAAGAAACUCAAAGUCGGAUUGUCUGCUGCUCUUGAGGCUCCACAAAAUAAGGACCUUGUCUCAAAGGUCGUUAAUGAUAUUUUGCAAUUAAAAAACAUUGAUGAAGCCAAAUCUUUGAUAGUUAACUUUAUGUUGGUGUAUCCGGGGGUUCUGGGGUGGGCAUUACCUCUCCGGAAAGUUGUGGAAAAUAUUGAUGUAAUGAUGAUGCCAUAA